AUUGGAAUUAGUCUAGUCUAUAUGCAUGGGCAUGCACAUAUUAACGAAACGUAAUUCCCUUUCAUCUUCAUUCCUUCCACCACCACUCCCAUGGCCUCCUCUCGCCGGCGCCACCACCACUUUUUUACGCAUGGACGGUGGCUAAUCCCGGCCAUCACCGUCGCCUCCAUCUUUCUUCUCCUUUUCUUUUUCCUCUCGAUUCUCGCGCCUUCUCCUAAUGGCAAUCGUAUCUUCCUUCUUCCUCAUCGCGAUUCUUCGGGAGAAAAUGAUGAUGCUGAAGAUUCUCCAUUACCUGUACCGGCUAAAGAGAGAGUGAGUAAACGCGAUAUGUGGAGUUCGAGAAAUUCAAACCUCUUCUAUGGAUGCAGUGAUGCUAGUAAAAAAUUUCGAAAAGCACAAGAUAUCACUCAUCCUAAUCGUUACUUGUCGAUUGUAACAAGUGGAGGUCUUAACCAACAAAGAACUGGGAUAACAGAUGCUGUUGUUGCUGCUCGAAUUUUGAAUGCUACUCUUGUUGUUCCGAAACUGGACAAGAGUUCUUACUGGAAAGACUCUAGCGUGUUCUCUGAUAUUUUCGAUGUUGAUUGGUUUAUAAAAUAUCUAGCGAAUGAUGUUUCAGUUGUAAAGGAACUUCCGCUCAGAAAAGGGCAAAUCUGGUUACCUUAUAGAAUGCGAGUUCCUAGAAAAUGCAGUGAUAGUUGCUAUAUUCAUCGUGUACUGCCUGUACUUAAAAAGAAACAUGCUGUACAGAUCAUGAAGUUUGAUUAUCGACUUGCAAAUAGUCUGGAUACAGAUUUGCAAAAGCUUAGAUGCAGAGUUAACUAUCAUGCCGUGAAGUUUACUGACCCUAUACUUAGAAUGGGUGAGAAAUUGGUUCAUCGAAUGAGGAUGAAGAGCAAGCAUUUCAUUGCUCUUCACCUAAGGUUUGAACCCGAUAUGCUUGCAUUCUCAGGAUGUUACUAUGGAGGGGGUGAUAAGGAGAGGGAGGAACUCGGGAAGAUACGAAAGAAGUGGAAAACUUUACCUGAGAGUCACCCCGAUAAGGCAAGGAGGCAUGGAAGAUGUCCUAUGACUCCUGAAGAAGUCGGCUUGAUGUUGAGAUCACUUGGAUAUAGCGAAGAUGUUCAUAUAUACGUAGCAUCUGGCGAAACAUAUGGAGGGAACGAGACAUUGACUCCGUUAAAGACCCUCUUUCCAAACUUCUACACAAAAGACACCCUUGCCAGCAAAGAUGAGUUAGCACCAUUUUCUGCAUUUUCUUCAAGAAUGGCUGCUCUUGACUUCAUAGUUUGUGAUGAAAGCGAUGUAUUUGUCGCUAACAAUCAUGGAAACAUGGCGAAAAUUCUAGCAGGACGAAGGAGAUAUUUUGGCCAUAAACCAACCAUUCGUCCAAACGGUAGGAAGCUAUUUCGAGUGUUCUUGAACAAAAACUACAUGUCACACAAGGAAUUUGUAUAUAGAAUCAACAAAUAUCAAAAAGGCUUCAUGGGAGAGCCUAAGGAGGUAAGUCCAACUUGGGGUGUGUUUCAUGAAAAUCCUUAUUCAUGCAUAUGUGAGAAAGUAGAUAACUCUACACAAGGAGAGGUAUCGAAUAGUACCUCUCGCGUUGAAACUUUCACCAGGGUAACAAAAACAACUGACUAUGACCCUGAUACACCUGAUGAUCCUGAGGUAGACGUCUUGCUCUCGGAUUGAGAAUGUAUCGACAAUGAGAGCUUUUCAAGGAAGUUUUGCUUGUACAUAUACACCAUUUUUGCCAUGAUAGUACAAUUUUGGAGCCCUUGCAACAAAGGGGGGUUAGGUUGUGUUGGAGUUUCGAGUUUUAGUCGAGAAUUCUAGUUCAAAUAGUGGAUUAGAAGGUGGGAAAUUGAACCCUUAUCAACAAGGUGAAAGUUCAGAUAGUCAAUCAAUUGAGCUACUAAGUUUUUCUGGAA